AUGGCACAACAUCAAGACCUCAAAAGAAAAGGAGGUGCUCCUGACCAUCAGGCGGCAAUAGAAAAUGCCCAGCCUCUGCCUCUGAGUAUUGAAGUACCUAAAAUAAGAGAUCUUCCAAACAAGUCAAAACCAUGGAGUGAUGUCCAGCUUCCUGUUGACAUUCUCUUGUUGACAGUGGAAGACUGUGAGUUCUUGGCUUGUUAUACAUACUUGACAAAUGCCUUUAAAAGUUAUCAUGUGAACCUUGGACAUGUGUGCUUUGGAACGAUGGGUGAAAGUGGAGAGGAAUCACUGAAAGUUGCUUUGAUGAGAUGUUCUAAAGGUUCUUCUGGUCCAAGUGGUUCUUUAGUUACCGUCAAAAAUGCAGUGGUACAACUGGGACCCAAAGCUGUGUUUUCUGUUGGCUGCUGCAUUGGUUUAAACCAGAAAGGCACCAACUUAGGAGAUGUGGUUGUAUCGUCUACACUAACAACUGAUGAAUUCACAGCCCCUGUAAGAAGGAAUACCUAAAUUACAUGUAAGUAGGCUUGUACACACUAAUCUAUUGAUUCCUCAUGCCUAUAAUUCAUAGUAAGUUCAUAUUACAUGUAUAUUAUUGCAUACAUGUAUUUCAAGAAGACUAAGGAAUUCUAUGAGGUCUGGGUGCCUUAACUAAAAUGCUUGGGAGCCCGAAGGGCUCCCUGAAAUUUUCCUUAGAGCACAGCCUUGGUAGUCAAGCCUUUGUUAAUAGUGGAUCUCACCCCCAAGUUUACACUUAGGUCCGUAGCCAAUAAUACUAACACUGCAAUUUCAAUAGGGAACCUUUUUACUGGAAAUCUCUCCCUCCUAAAUGAAGCUUUUUUGUGGUCCCUGCACCACUAAGAAACGCUUCAUUUUUAAUUGACCUUUGUGAAGACAUGGUUUUCUCUCCUAAGCCAACACUAACUAUUUGUGGACAGUGGGGGGCAGGUACUCCAGUUCAAGUGACAGGGAUGAUCUAAUGGGGGCAAAAGUCAAAGCCCAAAAAAAUCCUUGGACCAAAGUUUAAUUCCCCUAAAAAUCCCAUUCCGAUUUUGCGGGCCAUAAAAAUUUCUAGAGGAACUAAGCGGCCAUGAUACGCCUGAACUAUCACAAAUCUUCAGAUUGUUUUGAAUACCCCCAAAAAAUCCCUACUUAAAUGGAGCUACUCCAAAAAAUAUGUGCCAAAAUUUUCCUACCCAAACAAAAUCCCGAAAUCAAAAAUUUCAAACCCUACAAAAUCCUUCGAUCAUCCCUGUCACCUGAAAUCCGGAGAGCCCCCCACCUUCACGGGGUCAUGGACCCAGGCACUUAUAAACUCUUCAUAUUGACCUUUGUGAAGCAGAUACCUCAAUCUCCCAGGUGGACACUUUUUCUUGGUCACAGGAUUGACUCUAUAAAUAAACUGGCUGUGACAUUAACUUAUUUAUUGAUUAAUUUUUUCAGUUGUUAAGAAGUUUUCCAAUGUGGUUAUCUUAUAAAUUAUAUUUACACCGAAUCCACCAGGAAAUUGAGUAAUUUUAAUUUUCAGAGUACAAAAACCUUGUACCAGAAUAAUUCAAAGAAUAUUACAUUUUCCAGGGCUAAAGAUGUAAUUAGUCGUCUGUUGUAACACCAAAGAAAAUGCCUGAUGGGAACCCAGGAAAAUGAAUGUCAAAUUUCACUAAAUUACAUCUUACACAUGAAAUUUUCAGAAUUUUAUCUGUGUUUUCACAAUUCUUGUGAAAUUUGACAUUUAUUUUCUUGGACUGCCGUGAAAAAUUUUCUUUGGUGUUACUACUGAUGACUAAUUACUUCUUUAGCCCUUGGAAAAUGUAAAAGAGAAUGCAAGAUUCUUUAAAUUAUUAUUCUGGUACAAGGUGUUUGUUUACUGAAAAUUAAAGUUACUUAAUUUGCUGGUGGAUUCCGUCUUUACGCUUUUAAGGGAAAUCUCUAACCGAGACUCAAUGGCGCAGUAUCAAGACCUCAAAAGAAAAGGAGGUGCUCCUGACCAUCAGGCAGUAAUAGAAAAUGCCCGGCCUCCACCUCUGAGUAUUGAAGUACAUAAAAUAAGAGAUCUUCCAAACAAGUCAAAACCAUGGAGUGAUGUCCAGCUUCCUGUUGACAUUCUCUUAUUGACAGUGGAAGACUGUGAGUUCUUGGCUUGUUAUACAUACUUGAUUUGACAAUGGAUAAGAACAGAACAUUAAUAUAUGUUAUGAACAACAAGGCUACAGAUUAAAAACAAUCGAUUCCAGUAUAAUAUGAAAGUCUACCCCAUAAAGCUCUAGAUCAUAUUUAUUUUCACACUGCAUACCAUUUCUGCAUGACCAUGGGUUUUUUUUUAUUGCGAGUAAAACACACACAAAAAAGAAAAAAAAUUACACAAAAUAAAUAUAUGGAAAAAAAAAAAGAAAAAAACAAAUGGCGAACUUACACACUUACAUGGCAAUACUUACAAAUAUUAAACUAUAUUACAGCAGUGCUAAUUCCAUAUAUUACUGUACUUAGUAUGAUCUGUAAUUAAUUUUACUUUUUUUUAGGCUUUCUUUGUAGUGACCACGGGGUUGUUAUCAUGUCUACAAAUAAUUAAUUAAGAAAAGUUCAGUUAUUACUAUAGUGAACUUGUAUAUAAUGUCAAAGCAUUAAUUUCCGUGUUGAGAAACUAAGAAUAUUGAGUUAAAAUUCAGCUUUGUGUUUGUCAGGUUCAACCUGAAAAAUCUCAUUUUGUGUGGUCUGUAUUAUAUUUUAUCUUUCCAUUUAUAGGACUGUUUGCUGCAGCCCAUGAUUUGAACCUUGAAUGGGUGAUUGUUAAAGUUUGUCAGGUUUCACCUGAAAAAUCUCAUUUUGUGUGGUCUGUAUUAUAUUUUAUCUUUCCAUUUAUAGGACUGUUUGCUGCAGCCCAUGAUUUGAACCUUGAAUGGAUGAUUGUUAAAGGGAUAUCACAUUUUUCUGAUGAUGGCAACACUCCUAAUGAGUCCUGGAAGUCAUUUGCGUCCAUCAUGGCAGCUUCUCUUGUGUCCAACAUGUUAAAUGAUCCAGUUAUUUUUAAAGACUGGCCUCACUAUGAAGGUAUUUCACAU